AUGGUUUCUGGAUAUGUUCCCCCAAAAGAGGAGCCGAUUGCCAUAGUAGGCAUUGGCUGCCGUCUCCCAGGAAAUGCGACGUCCCCGUCGAAGUUAUGGGAUGUGCUCCGGACUCCAAGGGAACUCUCCAAGAGGGUACCAUCGAAUCGUUUCAACAUUGAUGGCUUCUACCAUCCGGACCCCGAGUACCCUGGUACCACCAAUACCAAAAGCGCCUACUGGAUGGAGGAAGACCCUCGCAUGUUUGAUGCUAGCUUCUUUAAUAUUACACCCCUCGAAGCCGAGGCGAUUGAUCCACAGCACCGGAUGCUCCUUGAGGUCACAUACGAGGCUCUGGAGUCCGCUGGAAUGUCUAUUCAAAAGAUGCAGGGUAGCUCGACCUCCGUCUAUGUCGGCAGCGUGGCGUGCGACUACGGCGAUAUCGUCAUGAGAGAUCCCGUCACUUUGUCUCAAUAUACCGCCACCGGGACUCACCGUUCAAUCCUAUCAAACCGGAUAUCGUACUUCUACGAUUGGCGGGGUCCCUCUAUGACGAUUGAUACCGCCUGCUCGUCAAGCCUCGUCGCUGUCCAUCAGGCUGUUCGCAGCCUACGCUCAAAGGAAAGCCGAGUAGCGUGCGCAGCUGGUGUCAAUCUCAUUCUCGGACCGGAGCUGUUUAUCACAGAAUCAGCUCUGCACAUGCUGUCCCCUGAGGGCCGGUGCCGCAUGUGGGAUGCGGGUGCAAACGGCUAUGCCCGUGGGGAGGGAAUCGCCGUCGUUCUGUUGAAGCGAUUGAGCGACGCCCUGGCUGAUGGUGAUCACAUCGAAGCAAUUAUCCGAGAGUCUGCUAUGAACCAGGACGGGCGAACGAAAGGCAUUACAAUGCCCAGUGCUGAAGCACAGGCACGCCUGAUCCAAGAAACCUACCGCAGAUCUGGGCUAGACCCAACAACGUCCUGGGGCCGGUGUCAGUAUUUUGAAGCCCACGGGACUGGAACCCAGGUAGGCGAUGUUCGCGAAGCUGAAGCGAUUGCCAGUGCUUUCUUUCCCUCACAAACUCCAGAAAGGAAUGAUGGUGAAAGCUCCAAGCUCCAGGUGGGAUCAGUAAAGACCAUUAUUGGUCACACGGAAGGCACCUCGGGGCUAGCCAGCCUGCUCAAGGUAGCUUUGGCCGUCCAACAUCGUGUGAUCCCUCCCAAUCUACACCUGGAAACCUUGAACCCAGACAUUGCGCCAUAUUACAGUAAUCUUCACGUCCCCACAACCGCGCAACCCUGGCCGCCUGUCGAGUUCGGCCAACCCUUACGAGCCAGCGUGAAUAGCUUUGGAUUUGGUGGUACCAAUGCCCAUGUGAUUGUGGAGGGAUAUCAGCCGGAGAUCCAUGCCCCUGCCAAUGCUGGGUAUGCGGCACAGACGAGGGAGCAGGGUUGUGACCUGACUACAUUACCAUUGGUCUUCUCCGCCCAUAGUCAGAGUGCUCUGGUUGCGAUUGUGGCUCGCUUCCAUCAUGUCCUCCGCACCAGCAAGUCCGUCGACCUCCAUCGCCUGGCGUGGACGUUGGCAUGCCGCCGAAGCUCACACCCAUUCCGGGCGGUGUUCACAGGAUCAACACGAAGUGAUCUGCUUGCCGCGAUGGACGCCUCCCUCAAAAAGGUAGUUCAGGAUCCAUCAGCAGACUUGGGAAUCCGAUUGACCACAUCUGCCCGCCAUCCUAGAAUCCUAGGCAUCUUCACCGGACAGGGUGCACAAUGGGCCACCAUGGGCAAGGAACUGAUUCUACGAUGUGUCCUCUUCUGUGAGUCAAUAGAAAAGCUGGAUGAGUAUCUACAGCUUCUCCCGGAUGGACCCGAUUGGUCCUUGAAAGAAGAACUCCUCAAGCCUCAGCCAACGUCACGGAUCGCCGAGGGGCCGAUCUCGCAGCCACUGUCGAGUGCCAUACAAAUGGCUUUGGUCGACCUGCUCAAAGCGCUGGGGGUGCGGUUUCAUACGGUCAUUGGCCAUUCUUCUGGGGAGCUAGCAGCGGCCUACGCGGCAGGAUACAUUCGCCCCCAGGAUGCCAUGCGGAUCUCCUACUACCGUGGGGUCUCAACCAAGUUCGCCGGCGGACGAGAUGGCAGGCGUGGCACAAUGCUGGCCGCUGGCCUUGGUGCCGCAGAGGCGACUGUCUUCAUCAAUCGCCCGUCGCUGAAAGCUCGAAUUGUGAUCGGAACCAGCAAUUCCCCCGUCAGCGUCACGCUCUCCGGCGAUCUCGAAGCCGUGGAAGAGGCACGAGCGAUGCUGGAGGCCGAGGGGAAAUUUGCCCGCAUCUUAAAAGUUGACAACGCCUACCAUUCAUUCCACAUGCAAGCAUGUGCAGAACCCUUUCUCACCUCCAUGGUAGGUGCUAAGAUUGAGAUCCUUACACCGGUUGAGCCCUGUAAAUGGAUCUCCAGUGUAUACGGCCCGGAUCGCACUCCCACUCCGGACGAAUUGGCCGGCCCAUACUGGCGUGACAACAUGCUGGGAUCCGUACUCUUCUGCGAGGGUCUCGAGCGUGCUAUCGAUGGAGGCGCGUUCGAUGUGGCUCUGGAGAUCGGGCCUCACCCGGCCCUGAAGGCAUCAGUGGGGCAGACGUUCAAAGGUAAGACCGGAAAUGGCGAUGCAAUCCCAUACUCCGGGGUUCUGCGUCGUGGGGAAGAUGACGUGGCCUCGUUUAGCGAGGCCCUAGGAUUUCUCUGGCAGCACCUGGGACCCGAAGUCGUCAACUUCGACCGCUACGCCGCGUCCCUGCGGCGGGAGCCACCCAAGGUACUCAAAGGUCUACCUUCAUAUCCCUGGAAUCACGAGACAGCCUUCUGGCGGGAGUCUCGUUCCUCAAAACUAUACCUCACUCGUUCAACACCCCAUGAAUUGCUGGGCAAUCGUUGCCACACCGAGAGCAGCGACACUACACUGCGCUGGAGAAAUGUGCUUACUUCGAAGCAGCUUCCCUGGCUCGAGUCCGUUCGUGUACAAGGGACAGUGACGCUUCCCGCGUCGAUAUACUACCUCAUGAUCAUCGAGGCCGUUAUUGCGUCUCCAUGGGGCCAUCAGUGUCGCCUCGUGAGUCUGCACGAUGUCAGGAUUUCUCAUCACGUCAGACUCGCCGAUGCUAGCGAGGGAGCAGACUUGACCAUCACAGUGGUUCUACCCAGUUCAAAUGACGAUGAUAAGAAUAGCGCGGCUUUCUACAUCAUUUCUGCCAACGACGGUAUCGAAGUAUGCAAGGGUAGUGUCACCAUUGGGAUGCCUGAUGACAAUCAGGCCUCUCCUCCCUGUUUCGCUGGACAAGCAUACACCCAACAUGUCGACAAAAGUCAAAUUUACAACUGGCUCGAGCACGGGGGGCUACAAUAUGAUGGACCCUUUUGCGGACUACUCUCGGCCACUCGAUGCCUGGAUCAUUCGUCAACACAGUUCGUGGAUUCUUUCCCAGAGAGCUUUACUACGUUGCUCGCCAAUCCCAGUGUGCUAGAGUGUGCGGUACAAUCGGCCCUACUCGCAUUUGCCGGCCCAGGUGACCAAGAUCUCUGGACCGCAUUCCUACCCAAGCAAAUCGAACGGAUCACUAUUCACACGCCUUCGUUGCCUAGUGGUCGCGGCACGGUCCUGACAGCUCAUGCCCAGGUCACAGACACACUUCCAGCAGACGCGGAACGACUGUCGCCCAGUUUCACUGCGGACGUGCGAAUUUGGAACGAGACUGGCCAGCCUUGCAUUGAAAUUGAAGGGUUGACACUGGCUUCACAGGGAACACCGGGGCAAGAUCGCCGGUUGUAUGUGCAAGAAACAUGGGACUAUGAUCUCCAGUACGGAGUCGCAGUUCCAGGAGAGGGGAUGUCCUAUCAGCAGAUCAGUGGCCGCGUCCUUAGGCAGUUUGUGCACUGUAGGCCACAAAUGCACGUUCUGGAGAUUUGUCCCGGAUUCGCUAGCUUGAUGCUGGUUUCAUCCAACAGGCAGAUCCUGUCAUCAUUGGUGUCAUAUACGGUGGCAGAUACCGAGAGUCCCUGGUCGCGUCAAACUCAAAUCCCCGGCGAAUACCAUAUUCAGCAAUUGGAGAUAGCUGACCAGCAACUGGACCCGGAGGAAUGGCAGGAGCACAGCUUUGAUAUCAUUGUCAUCCAGCCUACGCUUUAUUAUCCUCAGCACUACGACAAACUAGCGGGGUAUCUCGGGAGCCUUGUUCGAACGGCAGGCUACGUGAUUUGCCCUUCGGCACCUACUUGGCAAGAUAAUGAUCACCUACUCCAGGCGGCAUGGUCAGAGCGUGUGCAGUGUGCGGGAUUUAGUCCGAUCAAUAGCGAUGCGGCGGUGACGGUGUUUCAGCAAGGGAAACGGGAGACCAGCGGUCUGGUGGCCGGAGGAUAUCAAAUCGGCCAUGAGACAUCGUAUCCACAGGGCCAGGUCAUGGUUGUUGGAGGUAUGCAAUCGAAAGCGUCCGGCUUUGUCCAAGAGUUGACAGCGAUGUUGUCCGGACCGAACGUAAACGUGGUGCACGUCCCCUCGUUCCAGGACGUCGAUCUCCUUGCGGUAUCUAAUAUGGCUGGUCUCUUGGUUUUGGAAGACGUAGAGGCGCCUAUCUUCACUCAGCCCAGCGAGGAGAGACUAGCCAUCGUGAAGGCGACGCUUUCACAAUCACCGGUAACUCUGUGGUUGACCAGUGGCCUUUGCGCUGGCAACCCUUACCAUUCUGCCUCCUUGGGAUUGGGUCGCACCCUGCAAUCACAAAUACCACAACUACGCCUACAGUUCCUUGAUAUCGAUACCCUAGAUGGAAUGCACACUACAAUCACCGAGAUAUUCUGUCGCUUGUUAGCCUCCAGAAGUGCAGACCAGCCUGGAUCUUUCGAGUCCGAAUUGAGGUUAAAGAACGGGAAAGUCCUGGUGCCCCGAUUGCAGCCUAUUCAGGAGCUCAAUGAUCGUUCUGAAACUUAUCGUCGUCCGGUGCAACGAUCGGUUGACAUUGCGGAGCAGCCGAUCCAGCUACAGUCGACCGGGCCUGGCCUUGCUUAUGAAGCGAUCCAGAUCUGUGCCAGGAAGAUUGAUCUCUCGCCUCACGACUUAGCAUCGACAGUCCGAGUGUGUUGUGCUACGCAAUUUGGGAUCAGAAUGGCAGACCAUACCGAUUCCUUCUUUCACCUUGCCAUUGGAGCUGAUCUCUCAACAGGGACACAUUUCAUCACGCUACAGGACUCCAUAGCAUCAAUCGCUAAAGUUCCGUAUCCCCUUACCUGCCCCAUUCAGGCUACAGGUAUAUCUUAUGAUCGGUAUCUGAGCCUCUCUGUUCGCUGCUUGGUGGCACAAAUGCUGGCCGAUCGAUCUUAUGGAGAUGUCACGACAAUCUACGACCCCAAGGAAAUGUUGGGAGGUCUGUUGCAGGAUCUGUAUACCGGUACGCACCAACGCCUCGUCUGCCUCACUCAUGGCCCCACCGGAUUCAGACGGGGUGCACAGUGGAUCCAUAUAUCGCCACGGGCUAUGGUCAGUGAGAUUCGCGCCGCCACCCCGCGCGAUACGGGCUACUUUGUCGAUUUGUCCUGCCAGGCUGGCCUAGCCACGAGUCUACCGAAGUCUCUCCCGCGGAGAUGCCAUUAUCUUUCAGCGGCAGACCUUGUCUGUGUGAAUCCAGAGCCGACAUCCUCUUCGAAAGAUCACUGGUCUACGUUUCAGUCAUCACUCCAGUCUGCGGUUCGGCAUGUUGAGUCUUUAGCCGAGGACCGUUGCGGGUCUCCGAUUACCCUCAUUGAUGUCCAAGAUCUGCUGGGCCGCAAGGCUCCACACUGUGGUGACCCGUUCAGCAUCGUUAAUUUGGACUUUAAAACGCCGGUUGUUAUCUAUGACAGACCGAUUGAUCCCACUGAUCUCUUGUGUUCCCAGGGAACGUAUCUGCUUGCCUCAAUGCCUCAUGCCCUGGAAUACUCCCUUUGCAGGUGGAUGGUCAGCAUUGGGGCCCGGAACUUCAUUCUUUUACACCAGUAUGGUUUUCCUGAUGCCUCGCAGGUUCUCUCACUAACACAGGGGCCUAGAAGACUUUCGGUCGAGGGGGAUUAUGGGUGGAUCGAAGAACUACAAAAAUCCGGGGUUCAUAUUGAUGUGGUGGAAGUUCCAACCUUGGGCUGCAAGCAUCAGGUCAUAAAGGCACUCUACGCUGUGACUGAGGCACAACGCCCUCCCAUUGAAGGGGUCUUUUAUGGCCCGGCCUUGGGGGAUGAAUCUGUGGAAAAUCAGAUGGCCGCCAUCAAUAUCAUCCACGAUGUUUUCUCCAAUCCGACUUUGGCCUUCUUUGUGGCUCUGUCAUCGGCGUCCAGGAUUGCUGGCAGUAGCUCACCUUCCACUGAGCCGACCACGGUCGUGAAUAUGUACAUGGCGGGUCUGUGCCGUCAACGAAAGGCGAAGGGGUUGCCGUCCUCUGUGCUCGACCUGAGUCCCAUUGUUGGCAUUGAACGACCCAGUGACGAACGGGACUUGGGCGCUAUUUCGGAACGCGAUUUCCACCGGUCAUUAACGGAGGCCAUCCAUCUCGCUCGUGAUUUUUCUGACCCCCUCAAGGUGGAUUUAAUCGUGGGAUUACAGCCGGCGAGAAAUAUAGAAUAUUUACCAGCUCGUUUCGGACACCUGUUAACUGCGGCCCGGGAACUUGGUGAAAAUAACGAGAAGCAAGACAAGGUCUCACCAUUACAAGACGUGCUGUCCCCGGAGAAGUCUGAACGCCAGGCAAUCCAGGGACUGUGCCCUGUGCUUACAGAGUACCUGGCUGGCCUAUUGCGAUUGUCUGCGAAAGGUAUAGCGCGCGACACAGUGAUUCUCGACCUGGGAGUAGAUUCACUCGUGGCUAUGGACAUCCGAGCCUGGUUCUCCAAGGAGAUGCAGGUAGAUAUUCCCGUGUUGAAGAUCCUCGCAGGCGCAUCGGUUGAAGAUUUGUGUCAGUAUGCAGUAGCCGAGUUACGAAGUGCUCCUGAACAAGCGCCAUCGAGCACCGUAUCCAGUCCCAAUCGAGGGCAGCCACGCGGUGACAUAUUGACGCCCACAACGGAUGACGAUGAGGUUGAUCUUGCCUUCCCCAAAUCAGCCGUCGAGCCGAUGUCGUUCGGGCAAACUACGAUCUGGCUGCCCUACGUUUCGCUGGAGAAUAAAACCGCGUACAACUGCACCACCACGUACCAGCUUCGUGGCCCCCUGGAUAUUGACCGCUUUGAACUCGCCCUUCACGCUGUCAUCAGACGCAAUAGCUCCCUACGUACUGCUUUCUUCACCGAUGAGGCCAGCGGAGAGGUCUUCCAGCGCGUCGAGGCAUCUUCUCCGUUCCAGCUACGUCAAGUGGCUGCAGCACCUUUUGAGAAUGCUGCUGCGGAGAUUGAGGCCGAGAAGAAGCUCGUGGCUGACCAUGAAUACAACCUCGAGCGAGGGGACAACUUCAUCGCUACGCUCCUCAUCCACGGCGGCUCUCCUGCAAGCGUGCACACCAUUAUCUUCGGCUACCACCAUAUCAUCAUGGAUGGCGUGAGCUGGCAGCUGUAUCUGCAGGACCUGCAUCAAUGCUAUUCCGCCCCAGAUGUAGACGCCGUACCUCCUGUGGGGCAAUAUAUCAAUUUCGCUGCACAUCAAAGAAGGUCCCUUGAGAGUCCUGCCACCCGGGAGCACCGCCGGUUUUGGAAACAGGAGUUUGUGAACCUGCCACAGCCUCUCCCCAUUCUUCCCUUCGCCAAAAGGUCGACACGCAAGAGUCUGAACCGCUACGACAAUAUUGAGCUCAUUAUCGAUCUGCCAUCGGAUCUGGUCCGGCGCAUCAAGAAUUUCACCACCGCCGCACGGGUCACGCCGUUCCACUUCUAUCUUUCCGUUCUGCAGGUCUUACUCCAUCGCCUGUCAGAAACUGAUGAUUUCUGCAUUGGAAUCGUGGAUGCGAACCGUACCGAUGCAGCUUUCGUGGAUGCUAUCGGGUUCCUGAUCGAUAUGCUGCCGCUGCGCUUCCAGCUGAGUAGAGACCAAUCCUUCAGUGACCUACUCACUGCAACGCGAUCCAAGGUGUAUGCCUCCAUGGGUCACGCGGGUGUCCCGUUAGAUGUUAUCCUCAAGGACAUCAAUGCGCCGUCCCUCUCGGUCUGUCCACCUCUCUUCCAGGCGGUGCUGAAUUACCGGCUCGGAGUCCUGGGGCAGAAAACCAUUGGAGACGUCGCGCUCGACUGGUCAACCUACGAAGAUGCCAAUCAUCCAUUUGACUUCAUCCUCACCGUCGAUGAGAAUGACGGGGAGGGCUUCUUAACCCUGUCCGUGCAAGAAUACUUGUUCGACCGCACUGCUGGAGACUCCCUGCUCUCGACCUACAUCCACCUCCUCGAGACAUUUGUGGGUCAUCCCGGUUUAGAAAUCGGCGCAGGUGAAAUAUUCAGCCCCCGCCAGAUCGAGGCGAGUACCGCGCUUGGAAAAGGGCCUAUAACGUCUUUUGGGUGGGCGGACACCUUGUCCCUGCAGAUUGAUAGUUUCGUCGCCACGCAGCCACAGGCCAUGGCAAUCAAAGACCCGUCGGGAAUUCUGACGUACAAGGGAAUGUCCGACCGAAUCGAUCAGAUUGCACAUGCCCUUUUGACCGCAGGCGCCCGGGUCGGUACACAUGUCGGCAUGCUCUGCAACCCGUCUAGCGACGCCAUCUGCUCGCUGUUGGCGAUUAUGCGGAUCGGAGCCGUCUAUAUCCCCUUGGAUGUGCGCAACUCAACCGAGCGUUUGAUGACGAUUGUGAGCGAAUCCCAAGCCGGCUUUAUUGUGUGCCACUUAGAUACCCUUGAUCGCCUCCGGGAACUGCAGCUGGAUGCCAAUGUGCAGCCGGUCGACAUCACGAAGAUAGAUAAGCCGGCACAUCCGAUCCCAAAUGCGUCGACGGCUGAUGGCAGAGCCUUUAUUAUGUUCACCAGCGGUACUACGGGGAAGCCGAAGGGGGUCAUGCUACGGCACUCCAGCUUCCUCAACCAUGUCGCUGCCGCCAGCCGAGCGAUGAACUUACACCAGAGCCGAGAAGUCGUCCUUCAGCAGAGUGCGUACGGCUAUGAUGCCUCGCUCGCCCAGAUCUUCUACGCGCUUGCGAACGGGGGAUCUCUCGUGGUCUCCAGCAACCGUAUCGACAUGUCGGAUCUGGCACAGUUGAUGUAUGAGGAAAACAUUACCUUUGUCCUAGGCGCGCCGUCUGAGUAUUGUGUCCUCUUCCAAUACGGCCGCGAGUGGCUGGAGAAGUGCUCCAAUUGGCGCAUUGCCAUGUGUGGUGGUGAGGCCUUUGCAAACCAUCUUCGCCAGUCCUUUCAGGACUUACAAAAUCCUCUCCUGCAAGUGUUUAACGCGUACGGACCCAGCGAGAUCUCCGUCGCGUCCUCCUUCGGUGUCGUGCCGUACGAUCGCGAGUCAGUGCAGGACGACUCCCCCGCGGCCAUUGGCCCUGCAAUCACAAAUUACGCAGUCUACAUCCUGGACCCCGAGACGGCGCGGCUCAUGCCUCCUGGUUGCAGUGGAGAAAUCUGUGUUGGGGGACCGUCUGUUAGUGAAGGGUACCUGCACAAUGAAACCCUCACCGCUGCGAAAUUCAUCACCGAUCGUAUCUCUGGGCUUGAAGAACCGGGCUGGGGUCGUUUAUACCGCACUGGUGACCAAGGCCGGAUGCUCAAUGACGGCUCCAUUGUCUACCAGGGCCGCAUUGCCGGCGACUCGCAGAUCAAGCUGCGCGGCAUCCGGAUUGAGUUGGAAGAUGUCUCGGCCUCUCUUCUUCAGAGCGCCCACGGAGUUCUGUCCAAUGCCGCGGUCGACUCCUCUGGAGAGCGUGAAUCCAUGUUUUUAAUCGCCUUCGUCGUCUUCAUCGUGGGCAGGACGCCCGCGAAUCCAGCGCGCUACCUGCGCAACUUGCUCGCCACCUUACCAUUACCACUCUAUAUGAGGCCUUCGGUAGCUAUCCCGUUGCCCGGACUCCCUCGUAACGCCAGUGGCAAGCUCGAUCGCCACGCCUUGAGGGCAAUCCCCUUGCCAGAAGACCUUUUCACCGACCGGGAAGACACACCACUCACCGAGACGGAGGCUAAAGUGAAGGGGAUCUGGACGAGCAUUCUGUCCGAAAUCGGAGUGCGACUCCAGAUCCGCAGAGAGUCGGAUUUCUUCUCGGUGGGCGGCAACUCACUCCUACUGCUCAAGAUGCAGCGGCAGAUCAAGGACACCUUGCAUCGGGACAUACCGCUGGCGGAGCUCUUUCAAAACACCAGCCUGGAGAGCCUGGCGCAGCGUCUGGAUAGCAUGGAUACGGCUGAGGCAGCAGCAGUAGCCCAUACGGGCUUGGACUGGGCAGCAGAAACGGCCCUCUCCCUAAGUCUCAAGUCCGUCCAGUCGAGCUACUGCAAUAUCCCUGAGCUGCGGGAAGUUGUCUUGACCGGAUCCACGGGUUAUCUCGGCCACUGUCUGCUACAACACCUGGUGGCGUCGCCGCACGUCUCCCGAGUGCACUGCAUCGCCGUGCGGCCGGCUGGGGAGGGCCUUGGACGACAGGCCCCAGCGAUGAAGUCCGACAAAGUCAUCAUUUACACUGGAGACCUGUCUGCCCCCCGACUGGGUCUCUCCGAGGAGGGGGCGACCCAGGUAUUCAGUACCUGCCACGCGAUCAUUCACUGUGGCGCCGAUGUCUCGUUCAUGAAAACAUAUCACUCUCUACGGGGGCCAAAUGUCGAAUCUACACGCGAGCUGGUCCAUAUGGCCCUACCACGCCGAGUGCCCUUUCACUACAUCUCCACUGCAGGAGUAGUCCAUCUACGCACGGCUGACAGCUAUGAUGAGGAAUCCGUCGCCGAAUUCUUGCCACCGGUGGAUGGCUCCGAUGGUUAUGUCGCCUCCAAAUGGGCCAGCGAGGUCUAUCUCGAAGCUGCUCAUCACCAGCUGUAUCUCCCCGUCUCCAUUCAUCGUCCAUCCAGCAUUGUCGGCCCGGGCGCCCCGCCGCUCGAUAUCAUGAACAACGUCUUGGCCUUCUCGCGCAAGAUGCGCGCGGUUCCCCACGUGCCCGGAUGGCAUGGCUACCUAGACAUGGUAGAGGUGGACGCAGUCGCGAAAAAUAUCCUUGACACGAUGCUGAUGUCUGAUUGGAAUCAUACACCUGCCGUGCACUACUUCCAUGAGUCCGGGCAGACUGUGGUCCCCGUCGAACUUGUGCGGGAGUAUUUACAGAAUUCAGAGGGCGGGGAAAAUGAGUUUGAGACUCUGCCUCUAGAUGAAUGGAUUGCUCGGGCCCGAGGUAACGGCAUGAAUGAACUGGUAGCCGGUUUCUUGACCCUGAUGCAUGAGACCGGACAGGGGCCGUCGAUGCCCGCUUUGAAGACAAGUCGGGUUUACCGAACAGUCUGA